ACUGAGAUAAGACACGUGCGAGCGGGAAUCAUGCGCCUACAGACAUUAUUACCAGGUGUGCGUCCCACGUACAGCUACUCUUCAGGACGGCCGUAACAUUAUUUAUUGUAGUCGUAUACCAGUCAAGAAUUGACUGACUGUUGGUAGCCAGCCAAGAGACCCGGGACGGACAGCAAACAUUGGUCUGUGUACAGGAUAGAAGUGGGUCAAGCCAGUAGUAAAAAAAUACGCAAUGUCGGACAAGUUUCCGGAAACAAUAUAUGACGUCAAAACGCCAUCUUUUCUCGUGGAUAUUGACGUCAUCCAAAGAAAUGUGACGAGAAUGAAGGAGACAUGUGACCGGCUAGGUGUACAACUGAGGCCACAUAUGAAGACCCACAAAACAGUAGAACUAGGCGAAAUGAUGACGGACGGUACAAAGAAGUGUCUGGUUGUUUCCACUCUAGACGAGGCCGAGUUUUACGCUAGCCACGGAUUUGAUGACAUUCUAUACGCCUACCCGAUAACACAACACAAACUUGGCAGGUGCCGUAGAUUAGGAGAAAAGCUAGAUAAGUUUCACAUGAUGUUUGAAAGUCCGGAAGGUUUGGAAUCAUUGAAGACUUCGCCAAGAGGAAAUGAUAGGAAAUGGUCUGUGUAUCUGGAGAUUGACCUUGGAUUGGGACGAACUGGUGUUGAAUGGGACUCGGAAAUGGCCUUGACAUUGGCUACAGAGGCCGCGAACAGUCCCGGUAUUGAAUUUCUCGGCCUGUAUGUACACAGUGGGGACUCGUACCUCGCCCGAGGCCCCGACCAAAUGCGGGAGUCGGGCAAGAGAAACACGGAUAAGUUGCUGCAGCUGAAGGUCAGGCUGGCAGAAGCCGGGGUGACCUGUAGAAGCCUAUGCAUGGGUUCGACUCCAGGCUGCUCACAUCCGGACGAUAGUAUGGCACAGCUAGACGCCUUUUCGCCCGGAAACUAUGCCUUCUACGACGCCAUGCAGCUGAGGAUAGGUUCAUGCGAGGAGAAGGAUAUUGCUUGCAGAGUUAUUUGCCGUGUUAUCAGCCACAAGCGAAGUCAAAACAAGAUGUCGGUGGACGCGGGUUUUCUCGGGUUAAGUCAAGACGGCAUGGACCAGGGACUGGCGGGGGGACCCGUCGUGUUCCAGGGCCAUCCAGAGCUCAAGCUUUUGGGUAUGUGCCAAGAGUUGGGCAGUGUUGGCACACAGGGCACCCCGCUAGACUUUUCCAAAUAUCCGAUCGGCUCUUUGCUUUUCAUCUAUCCGCAUCACUCAUGUGCUACUGCCGCGCUAUACGAGAACUACUACGUACAUUCUGGGGAAAAAAUCGUCGGGGUCUGGAAGCCGACUCGGGGAUGGUAGAGGGAGGACACGCCAUUGAAUAGCCGACCGGGGAUGGUAGAAUUGGGACAAGCUUUAGAUGGCCGACCCGGGAUGGUAGAUCGGGGGCACGCCUUUAAGUUAAGGGCGGGGUAUUGACUGUGGAAUACGCAGGAUCACAUGUCAGUGUGUUAUUUCUAGUGUUAGUGGAAUAUGUUACCAUACAUGUGAAGAGUAGAGGACACUCCUACUUUUUUCUUUACAAUUUAAUAAACCGAACCAAGACCAUGUG